AUGUCAGGUGAAGUUCGAUGUCGAAUAUGCAAUGGAGUCUGUCCGCCCGCUAGGAGAUAUGUACUUUACAAUGCAGAAAAUGAUUAUACAUCAACAGCGAUGCUGUUUUUCAAGGCAUAUGGUCUGUCUAUUAGACGAGACAAGCCUGGAUUGUCUCGCCAUUGUUGUCGAAAUUGCCGAAAUAAUGCGAAUAGGGCCGUCGAGAAAAUUAAAAGUUAUAAGGAAAAUAUUAGUCCUCGAGGGAAAAGAAAAACAAUACCAUCCUCGCCAAAUUCGAUUAGAUCUCCACCAUCGAAAACAUCGAGACCUAACGAAAGAAAUUGUAGAUUUUCAGCCAGAUCAUUGCAGUUUUCCAACGACAAAGCACAGGUACGACGACAUUAUUUAAAUUUUAUUAUAAAAAGACCAGUCUUUUGCCGAAGAAAUAUGCAACUAUGUAUAUACUAACUGAAAUCGGUGUUUACUAAAUAUUGCUGGUAUGAUAUCCCAAUAUUGUCCGAGUGAGACUGUUUAAAAAUACUUUAUUUGUUAUAGCUAGAAAGUUAAACUUGUCAAAUUUGAUACACGUACGAUAAUUGCAAUUUUGCAUCGCUGUAACAAAUAAGAGUUAUUGUGACAAAUAUUGUAUUGUGCACGUACGAUAAUUGCAAUUUUGCAUCGCUGUAACAAAUAAGAGUUAUUGUGACAAAUAUUGUAUUGUGACAAAAGAUAGGGUAAUUAAAUAAAUUUCUAUUUGAUACGCAAAAAUAGACAAGCUUUCUUUUACUGCAAACACUUUAAUUUUAUAUAAAUAUAAUGUGGUCGUCAUAAAGUGCUUUACUCCUGGUCUUGCAGCCUUGGGUGUGUUAAUUAUUGUAAUGUUUGCACUAAUAUUUUAACACAAAAUUAGGACGAAUAAUCCAUAAACUUAUUACAGACAAUUCACGCCAUUAAACCAAAAAUAUGAAGAAGUAGUAUACAUUGUAGAGGAGAUAACCGAACGUAUUUACUGUGUAGUUUCAUCAUCUUGUGUUUCUUUAUAUGACUUCGAGGGUGUAAUUAUCUAAAUGUUUGUUAUCAUGUUCAUUUAGCCAUCCCAUUCUAAUGCAGCAAACACGACAUCAAGUGUGAGCACGACGACAUAUCUUUCCUCACCCUGUCAAACAUUUACUACAGUUUCACUUCCAAUUUCUACACACUCAUUACCAUUCAUUCCACCUUUCACCGAAAGUGAAAACAACACCGACGAUGUUAUUUACCAGCUAACAUGCCAUUCAGCGAGAGGGCAACAAUCUGUUCUUGUUAACAAAAAGUGGAACAGUCUUUGCCAUUCUCUCAUGAAAAAUGAUGAUACCAAUGUUGUCCAUACAGUUGUUAAUACAGAUUGCGGGAAGAAGUUAUGUGUGGAGAAGACUGUAAAUUUAGUGAAGGAAGAAUGCGCAGCUAUGUGCUCUGCGGGAACGGACAAUACAACUUUGUUUCGUAAGAAAGAUGUUAACGACAUUUGCAAUUUUAGUUUCCUGAAGUUGAUGGACGAAGUAAAUGAGAAAACAAAUACGUUGUAUCAAAUUGUACUGGCUAUUAUUAAUCUAAAAAGUGCGGAAAGGAAUACAAAUAAAUCCAGAGAAAGGAAGCUGAUUGCUGCAGGCAUGGCUAUUUCUUUGCUGAUGAAGGCAAGAAACAAGAACAUGAGUGCUGCCCAAUACGUGGUUUCUUUGCUACUUCUCAAGGGAGGCAUGACAAAAAUGGUAAAUAUUACGUGAUACACAUUGACAUUUUGUUUUCCCUAAUCAUUUAUACAGUCCAACAUCCUUUAACAUUACGUGCUAUUUUUGUCAAAACAGCUUGCUUUUUCGAAUUUUCUUGAACAUAAAAUCAUAGGAUUUAUCUAUUUUGAAUAUCAGUGCUCCAAGAUACGUAUGAAAACAUUUUUUUUAAAAAUUGUUGUUUAAACAAAAUAAAAAAUAACAGCGCAGUAAUUCCCGCCAAAAAUUAUCUGUAAGUGAACUUACCGGGUGAACUACAUGCACAAAACACAUGCAAAUGGGGUUUUUUCUUGGAAUUUUGUCGAGUUCAAGAAAGAUCGUUCUUGAAAUACUUAGUAAUCAACUAAAAUUCUAUUUAAUCUGAUUCCGUUUCAAGAACAUUUAGGCUGUACGAAAUAAAAUUGAGCGAACUUAAAACUUGGCAAAAAUUAGAAAUAUAAUCCUACAACUUAUGCUUGGGAUUGUUUUGACUAACAGGGGUAUAACAGACUGAAUCACCUGGAGCUAUGUAUGUCUUAUGAUACCACACAAACAUUUGUGGCAAAGCUUGGUGAAAACCAUGACAGUAUGGUAAGACAGUGGUUUGAAACAAAUCCAGGUCAAGUGAAGUUUUUGGGUGACAACAUUGAUAUGAGAAUAACUGUAAGUAUAAGAAUAUAAAAAAUACCUGUUUUUCCAAUUACAGAUCAACCAUCACAGUACCACGCUUCUAAAAACCUUUGAAAUGUCAAAAACCCUGAAUGUUCAUCAUGCUGAGCUUGCCUAGUGUGCCACGCCCCAUGUGGUAGGUUACAUUUACUUAAAUAAAAUAUUUUUUCUUUUUUUAAUAUAGCCUAGAGAUCAAAGGGGUACAAACCAAAAUAAGGAUUGUCAUUGGUUUUUAACAUUGGCAGUGAAAGACAGAAUUCCAUAUGAUGAAUUACCUGAUGAUAAGCCCAUCUGCAAAUUGGCAAAAUUACCUCUUACAUCCUUCUUGCUAUCAGCUGAUGACAUCAGCAAUUUUAGAAGUAAUUUUGCUAUCCUGUUAUUGCACAAUGUAAUUGGUAAAUUGAAUUUCCUGAAACCAUUUCAGAAAUAUGUCCCAAAGCACAUUAGACACACAUACAGUGAGCAAAUGAGCAAGAAAAGCAGUGUUGUCAAUCUUGGCUUGGUGUUUGCAAAUGAAGCAUGUAGUGAAGGUAUGGUAGAUAUUCUCGAGUUUAUGCAUCAAUAUAUCCACAAAGGAAAGGCAAAAGAACAAGUAGUCUUUGGAGGGGAUCAGCUAACUUGCGAGCGUGCGGUCGGUGUGCAGAGAUUGAGAAAGACAUCAAUAGAAAAAGAACAACGCCUGGCAGAUGUUCUACCAACUGCAGAGGACUGGCACACCAAGAUGACUUUGCUUAUUGUAAGUGCAGAAAAACAUAUACAUUUUAUUUCUUGUGCAUGACAACAUCUGCGGCAAGAAUAGGGUCUGGACUAAUGUUAGGUACAGUAUGUUCGAGGGUGGGAAGUUUUUUGGGAAGUGAGGUAACUUCACGUUGAACGCACCAUGUAAAUGCAUUACAAUAAUAAAUACUAACAAAGGAAUAUUUUUUGUUGUACUGUAGGUUAUCUUUUCAUACUUGUGGGAUGACAAAUCUGCACAAGACAUUGGCACAUUAUACCAACUACGGUGUAGUUCGCAUCGCACAAGUGUCACUGGAGAUGUUAAGCAUGAAAUGAAUCAGGUAAUCAGAGACUAAUAUAAUGUCGGCCAGCAAACAACUCUCAUUCAUACACAACUUCAGCAAAUGUUAAAUCACGAGAAAAAUGUUGAGUAAUUAUUUUUUAUUUGUAGUCAAUUGACUUUUUCAAUGAUGUUGUCCAAGCUCACUGCCUAGCUGUUGUAUUAGAAUAUUUUGGAAUGGAGAAACUCGAUGGCAUGCCGAAUAAUCAUGCCCCGCCACCAGAAUCGGCAAAAUCACAAGAAAAGAAAAAUUGGUUGUACACCUGUGUAUUUGAAAUUUUGGAUAAAUUCGUCAUGGGUGACAUGGAUGUUACAUCCACAUACCAAAGAGAAGGUAUGUUAGUUAAAGGUUACUGAUACAAUUACAAUUGACAAUAAAUAUGGUACAGUACAAGCUACUUUUUAAUUAAUUCUUAUUUUGUUUGUUUUUACAGCAGAGAAAAUGAAUGCGAAGCAGCCAAAAGGAAGUACAGAAAUUGAUGGUAGCAUACUAGCAUCAGUUUAUAAUAAUUGA